AUGCCUGGUCGAAUGCUAGAAGGCGUGUUUCGCCAGCUAGCAGGGGCCACACGUCUGAUACAUGCAUCCUGUGUGAGGGCAGAGCCCAAACUCAAUGCUGUUCCGCCCGUGAAAACUAGAAACAUCGGCAUCAUUGCUCACAUCGAUGCCGGCAAAACGACGACGACCGAAAGAAUGCUAUUCUACAGUGGCAAGACGCUGAGAAUUGGCAAUGUUGAUGAAGGUGACACGGUCACUGACUACUUGCCUUCGGAAAGACUGAGAGGUAUCACCAUCCAGCUGGCGGCCAUCUCGAUCCCAUGGAACGCACAUAAGAUCAAUAUCAUUGAUACGCCUGGCCAUGCGGACUUUACUUUUGAGGUCACUCGGUCACUUCGAGUAUUGGAUGGUGCUGUCACCAUUUUGGAUGCCGUGGCUGGUGUCGAGGCUCAAACAGAGAAGAUGGAUAGGCCCGGUGCAGGGUUCAGUCGGACCGUCAAGGAGAUCGUCUCGAAGUUGCAAACCCGUGUUGUUUGCGUCAACUUGCCAUAUUUUGAGAAUGUUGAUUCUGAACCAGUCUUCAAAGGUGUGAUUGAUGUCAUUCACAAGAAGUUGCUUCUCUGGGACUCCAGUGUCGAUUUGGAUGGAACAAAAAUAACCGCAGUUGACAUCAAUGAAGCCACAGUGGGCGAGCUUUACAAGAUGGUUGCCGGUAGCAGGGAGUCAAUGGUGGAGACGUUAGGUGAGUUCGACGAUAGCAUCAUCGAGUCUUUCUUUGAGCACGAUGAAGACUACAUGGCCAUUCCUGCUAGUGUUUUGCAAACCGCCAUCAACAAAGCGACGCUUCAAAACAACAUAACGCCUGUAUUUUGCGGUCUGAGCUUCAGGAACAUUGGUGUCCAGCCCUUGAUGGAUGGUGUGGUGAGAUACUUGCCAUCUCCAUUGCAAAUCGAGCUUCCCGAAGUCACGUCGUCGUCCAGUAAAAUCACGAAGAAAAAGAGGAAGGCUCAGAAGAAGACGGGCUCAGAGACUUCGGAUGCCAUUCCCUUGAAGAUGGAUCCUACCAAGGGUCUCAUAAUCAACAAUAAUAACAACUUGACGGUCGCCCUUGCAUUCAAAGUUAUUACCCACCCUGCUCGUGGUGUGAUGACUUUCUUUAGAGUCUACAGUGGUCAACUUGCCUCGAACAGUACGGUGGUGAACACUAGAACGGGCAAGAAGUUGAACCUCCGUAAAAUCAUGCUCAUGCACGGCGACACUCCUGAAGAAGUGAGUCGUAUUGCUGCUGGUAAUAUUGGCGUUGUUGCAGGAACCGAAGACGAUAUCAUCACCGGUGAUACCUUGGUGUCACACGGCGUGACGAAAGGAAAGCACUUUUCAGACAUCGAGGCUAACUUGAAGCUUCACCCGAUUGACAUUCCACCACCACUCUUCAACUCGUCUAUCGAACCAGCUACUGCUGGCGAUGCACGUUACAUGAAUGACUGCAUCAGAAUGCUUUUGAGGGAGGAUCCUUCGUUGCAUGUUUCUGAGGAUGAGGACAUGGGCCAAACGGUGCUCAGUGGAAUGGGUGAAUUACAUCUAGAAAUUAUCAAAGACCGUUUGGUUAACGACAUGAAGGCCAAUGUUAGGUUGAGAGAUGUUGCUGUGUCCUACAAAGAGACAGUCGCUCGCCCUGACGGUACAAGUGCCACUUGUGACCAUUUUGACAAUGCAGAAAUCAACGCUGAAGUCCAAUUCGACUCGUUCGAAGGGGAGGCUGCAGAAUCCUACUUUGCAGACGAAGAUGGUGCAAUUCUUCUCGAGCAUGAUAACAACAUUCUAAUCUUGGAGCCAGGAGCAACUCCGCAGUACAUGAUCGAAGCUGUGAAGGAGCGCAGAUGGAAGCUUGACCACACAUUGCAGGAGCUCCAGGAUAGCUUGAUCCAGGGUUGCAUCACAGGACUUCAAAUGGCAGGUCCAAGGUUUGGUCUUCCCUUGCACUCCUGCGUGCUUCGAAUCAAGAACUGGAACUUCCCAAUUGAUGUUAAGGGACCUCAUUCGUCGGCCCUUCUUGAUGUUGGACGUCGCUCGGUGACCAAGGCUGUCAAGGAGCUCAACGAUAAGUCCGAAAACAACUUUGGUGUGUUGGAGCCCAUCAUGAACACCAAGGUGUACGUCGACUCGACCCUGUUGGGAGACGUGAUGCAUGACUUGAACAAUAGGUGCCUGGCCACUGUACUUGCUGUUGAGGAUCUGGGCGAAAGCUUGGACAAGCAAAACUGGGCUUUGGAAGAGGCGGAGAAAAUCUACUUGCCGCCAGACUACACGAUGAAACAAGCGCAUCAGGAUUUGACCGAACGGAAAGUGAUUGUUGCCGAAACUCCUUUGAGGGAAAUGGUGGGCUAUCUUCUGAAACUUCGCUCCAUGACCCAGGGUCGUGGUGUCUUUGACAUGUCUUACAUUGGCAUGAGAAGGGUGCUGCCACAGCGACUCGAAUCAAUUCGCAGCCAGUUCUCGUUCAUCUAG